CCAGCUAACAACUCACCAACACAAGCAUCCAACACUUCAGCUCAGUUCUUCCACUACUACUGACCAAUCAUCUACUGGGAGGGAUCACACGCUUCACAGACCAGCCUCUACCAAAGCAGUUCACAGAUCAGUUCAUGGCGGCUGCGGCGAAGGCGUCGUGGAUGGCGGCGAUGAGCGUCGGCGCGGUGGAGGCGCUCAAGGAUCAGGCCGGCCUCUGCCGCUGGAACUACGCUCUCAGGUCCGUUCACGGCGCAGCCAAGGCCAAGGCCAACAUGCGCGGUGGUGGUGUGAUCUCGCAAGGCACGAAGCGGCUUCCCGCCUCUGCGGCGGCCGUGGCAGAGAGGCGGCGAGCGGAGAAGGCCGAGGAGGGGAUGAGGACGGUCAUGUACCUCAGCUGCUGGGGUCCCAACUAGGCAAGGCGGUAGUUCUGCGUGUUUAAUGCCUCGCUGCAUCUGGGUUGUAAAUAGUAUCACGAUGAUGAUGAAAACUUGUACCCCCUCUGUUCUUAAAUAUUUGUAGAUUUCAAAUGAUCUACCAUAUACGGAUGUAUAUAGACAUAUUUUAGAGUGUAGAUCCACUCAUUUUGCUUCA